AUGGCUUCGCCGCAGGAGGUCCAGGCACAUUCGCCUCCAGUUGAUCCUCAGCAUUUCCCGCAGUUCCAUCCUACUGAUCCGGCCUUCCCUACUGUCGUUUCCCCGUCACAUCCUGAUGCACUUUCUCCACCCCUUCCCUCUCAUUUACACGAUACCUCUCACUUGCAGGAUCCAAUGCAAUCCCUCUUCUCCACAGAAAUGGCCGGUGUAGAUUCCAUGUCCGUCCCCAUGCAAAUGUCUCUUUCUGCUCUGUCUUCCUCUCCUGCAGGUCCCGCUGCCAUGGAUAUACUUUCUACCCACCCGCCGGCUGGACAAACAUCCCCGGGACUACUCUCAGACUUUCCCCCGCCGAACCCAUCCUUUGGCGUUGAUCCUCGUCUCACCAGUCUUGACGGUCUUGACGGUUCUCACCAGCUCGUGUCAUCACCUAGUGCGACUUCAUCCUCAACGGGCCCGUCACAUGCACCCUCACCUGCAAUGAACGGCAUGGGUUCGUCGUACUCCGUAGGCUCCUCGUCACUGGCUUCGGCUCUCGAUGGUAUGGCCGCGCGCAGCCGCUCGGGCUCAUCCGCGUCGCCUGCUAACCUAACCAGCUCGACUUCGGAGAUUGGAUUCUCAUCGGGGGGCAGUGGUCCGUCUACAUCGUCUCAUGAUUCUGGGUUUCAGUUCAUGUCUGGGUUUGAGAAUACGCCGCCUCAGCCUGCAGAGGAAAACUCACAGGACGUGCCUGAAGGUGCACAUCUACUCGUUCUCGGUGACAUGCUGAAGAACAUUGCACGGACUGCUAACUCCGGCAGUCAGGCCUGUUCCAUGGGACAGACGACCGACGCGCGUGAUAUCGUAGACAUGCUGAAGAAAAAUGUGCUGCUCGUAGCAGAACUCGUUGCUGCCAUGCACCUGGGAACUUCUGGAGUGUCUUCCAACAUGUCAUCUCCGCACUGUCACCCAGCGGUUGCCUCCAGUGCACCUAUGGCUGCAGCAGCGCAAGAUGUUGCACAGCAGCAGCACAUAAAUGGGCUCCAGUCUUAUGGUUCUCCCCCCCUGGAUACCAACGCCAUGCUCGAUAUGUCCGAUAUAUCUCGCAAGCGCUGUGCUUCUUCCGUUGCAGGUGAUAGAGUCCCGAAGAUCAUGAAGCUUGAGCCCCACGACGACGCGCCGCUCAGCCAACUCCCUGCGCCCAUUAUCCCGCCCACAGCGAUUCCCAUAUCCCCCGUUUAUUCUUACCCACCACCUAUGCCCUCGAUUCCCCCAUCUGCAAGUAUGGGCGAGAUACCAGCAAUACCACCACCCUCAAUUCCCCCCACCGUUACCCCUUCUCGUCCGCCCACUCCAGGCGGUAUACCUGCGCUCCAUCAUAUUGUACCCGACGGGCCGCCUCCGCAGUCUCUACAUUCCAUGCAUUUUGCCCCUCUCGAUCCGAUGCUUACUUCACCACCAGACUUUAACCCUCAGUCGUCUAUUACACCCGGUCCCUCCUCGCUCCCUGCUAACGUCUUUGACUCUGUACCCCUGGUUAAUACCAUCUGGCCCGACGCCCGAGUCCCCAUUGCUCGUCAUCACUCGCACUCUGUUUCAUCGGGUUCAGUCCUUUCUUCCAUCCCUCCACCCGCGAUAGCCAUUGCACAACUUCCGCCCAUGCAGUUCAGCUCCAGUGUGUUCCCCUCACCAACACGAACUACACACCUUGCGCAGACUCCUGUGCCAACCCCGCCAGUUCCUUCCGAUCUCGCUGUCCGUGCCUCGCGCUCCUCCUCCAUGUCCAACUUGCACGCAGCGAACACGCCGAACCCGUUCGCCUUCGGGCUCGAUAUGCAGCCCGUGCCGCUCCCUCCAUCAGUGGAAAUGCUUCAAUCGCGCCCGUCGACGUCAGGACUGCAGAGCCGGGCGACCACUCCCGACUACGACGACGAGAUGGACGGCUUGCACGAGUCGUCGGACGAGGGCGGCGAGAACUCGCAGCCGUACCAGUACAUGUCACCCGCGGCGGGGUCCUCUGACAGCGCUGAGAACACCGCGAGCCCAGAGGGGACGUCCUCGCUCUCGCGCCGGCCGAGCCAACGGCGCAUGAGCCGCGCGUCGCCGUCAGCGGAAGGCGGGGCGUCGUCCUCGGCACACGGGAACGAGGUCCCGCAGGAGUAUCGCGUAGAGGUGGAGCGCAUCUUUUUCGAGUUCUUGAAUGCCACCUGCUCGAAUCUCGACGCGACCGACGCGAAGGGUGAGCCGAUCCACCAGACGCUGAUGGCGAAGAAGAUGCAAAGGUUGGACGAGUCGCCCGACUUCCGGCCGUUCAAGUUCCGAAUUCAGGCCUUCACCAACGCGUUCUUAGAGGAGCUUGCGCGACAAGGUUACCCUGAAGAAAAGAUACCAAUGAAAAAGAUCCGCAAUUUUCUGUGGAAUCAGCCUUUCAUAUCGCGGUUCAACGAAGAGGGAAAAAAAUCGAAGUCGAAAGGCAAUCACAUCUGGCAUGUCGAUGCCAAAAAGACGGAGAGCGGCUGGGCGUUCCGCCCGUUCCGCCGGAAGCUGGCGGGCACACCACCAGGAGUGGCCUACGUUGGAUUGCGUUGGAUGUGGACGCCGCGCAUCUGGGAUCCCCAGGCGUCCAGGUCGAACAUGCCGGUCAAGUACAAUUCGUCUGAGCUCCCGUCGUGGCUGUCCUGGAAGGACGAUGUUCUGUCUGGGAUCCCAACGCCCGAUGCUCAGAGCUGCGACGUGACAGUGGAAGCCAGGUACAUACAGGAUGGGAAGGAAGAGGUUCUUCAGCAUACUGUCCACAUCGUGAUAGCUCCAAUGGCGUCUGUUGAUUCCACAUUCGUGCCCUCGCGACGACCGUCCUUGGCUGGGGAACUGAAUCCCCGGCGGGUGUUGAGCGAUCCAGCCGUAACGCAGACGACACCCCCACGGAUUAUGCGCGCACAAACUACCUUGGCUCCCGCAGUUCCAUCGCAUGCCCCAGAUUCUCAAGUCGUUCAGGUGCUCACCAGUGCUGCUCAGCGCGUAGCACAGGAAGCGCAGUCGCAAGUAGUGGCGUCUCCGAAUGACGCUGGACCUGAAUUGCAAGCUUUGGCAAAGCAGCAACAUGUGCUGACUGUUACUGCCCAGGCGUUCAAUUCCAAGAUGGCAGGAGAUGAAGAGGGCUCGGGAACGCAGUCGAGCUUGCUUACAGCGGCGGCACAACAGGUUGUGCUGCAAGCUGCGCGCCAAGUUGUUGCCGAUCGCACUGUUGCGGCCGUGUCCUCCGGAGUCGUAUCUCCCCAAACAGCAGCGUCGCAGGUCACCGUGAAGGAUGUGUCCGUCGCAACCCAGUCCGCCGUCGCGCAAGCGGUGGACAUGAUUGGGCCCCUUUCCAGCGAAGUCGAUGUCUUGAUGACAGCGAGUUCUCUUCUGCAGCAACAAACUCGGGCUCCACCUCCCCCGCCUCUGCUGGAUCCGCAACUUUCGGCGUUGGCGGAGUCAGGGCGACCCCAUCCAGCAGGAACGUCACCACCAGGACAGUUCGGUAUCCCUGCAGCGGUAUCAGCUCCCUCGGGAGCAGUCUUCUUCCCACAAUCAUGA